GGGGGGAGAAAAGCGCGCGCUCAGACGAUCGCACGGCCGCCCAUGGAAGAAGGCGCUUCCCUCCGGUGCACUUCCUCCCAAAAGCCGCUCGCCUGCCGCGCCUCGGGCGAGACAUGAAGCAUCCAAUAUGUCCUGACCACAUGGCUGGAGAUAAAAGUAUGAAUCCAUCAGCAAUUCGAAGGGACUUAGAAGAUAAAGGACAGAGAUACGAUAGGCCAGACUAUCAAUUAAGUAAAGAGAAAAAGAAGAUGAUAUUUUCCUUUUGUGAUGUGUGCAAUAUUCAGCUGAACUCAGCAGCACAAGCUCAGCUUCAUUACCAUGGAAAGUCUCAUCUGAAAAGAGUAAAACAGCUGAACAAUGGGAAGAUACCUACAAAUACAAGCAAUUUAUUUGCAAGUUCCAGCACAGGCAGCACGUGCCAUAGUACUUCACUCCCAGCGCUUGUCCGGACACCUACCCUUGUGAUGCAGCCCUCUCUGGAUGUCAAAUCAUUUGUGUCCUUCCCUGUGGAGAGCAGUUCUGCUGUUGGGCUCUUCCCAAAUUUUAACACUAUGGACCCAGUGCAAAAAGCUGUCAUAAACCACACAUUUGGCGUGUCACUCCCUCUAAAGAAGAAACAAGUCAUUUCCUGCAAUGUGUGUCAACUUCAAUUCAGAAGGGAUAGCCAGGCUGAGGCCCACUACAAAGGAAGUAAACAUGCCAAGAAGGUCAAAGCACUAGAAGCAACGAAAACUAGACCAAAAGCAAGUGCUUCCAAGAACAGCGCAAUGGCUAACAUGAACGGCUCUGCUACGCCGGUCCCGGCCAACAUCUCUAACAAAUCAGACAGGGCAAUUCUGAAAACUAAUGACUCUAGUCAACUUUCAAGGGCUGAAACAAUCACCUUUAUAUCUGAGUCUGCCAGUGCAGCAGCAGCAGCAGCAGUAGCAACAGCUACAAUAACCACACCUUUGUGGCCAGUUUCUUCCAAGAGCACAAAUGGGACUACAAUUGCCAUUUCUGAAUCCGAAGAGGAGAAAGCCAAAAAAUUACUGUAUUGUUCAUUAUGCAAAGUGGCUGUGAAUUCUUUAUCUCAGCUAGAAGCACACAACACAGGUUCCAAGCACAAGACAAUGGUGGAAGCUAGGAAUGGUGCUGGUCCAAUUAAAUCUUAUCCUCGGCCUGGAUCCAGAUUGAAGACUCAUGGAGCUACUAUCGGUUCAGGACUACAGAACAAAACUUUUCAUUGUGAGAUUUGUGAUGUCCAUGUCAAUUCAGAAAUUCAGCUGAAGCAGCACAUUUCUAGCAGAAGGCACAAGGACAAAGUUGCAGGGAAACCCACAAAACCGAAAUACAGUCCUUAUAACAAAUUACAGCGUAAUCCAAACAUUCUAGCGGCAAAGCUGGCCUUCCAAAAAGAUAUUCUGAAGCCUUUGGCACCUGCCUUUCUCUCCUCUCCUCUUGCUGCCGCCGCUGCGGCAGUAUCCACAGCUCUGACUCUCCCACCACGACCCUCCGCUGCUCUCUUUCAGGCUCCUGCAAUACCCACAGCUCUCCUAAGGGCAGGACAUGGGCCUCUCCGAGCUACUCCAGCAUCUAUCCUCUUUGCUCCCUACUGAACUGGGAAUAAGCAAGGCAUGACUUUGGCCACGUGGAACAAGGACAAAAGAAGACCAGAGCAAGAUUUCCACUUUCUUUUUUUUGUUUUUUACAAGACUUGUGUUUUUAAGAUCUCGUGCUUGAUUCCGUCCUUAGAAAAUAAGUUACAAAACUCAUUGGCAGGAAUUGCAGUCUAGAAUCCAUUGGGGGCAGGGGGUUAAAUAAAGCUCAGAUACCUGGUUUACAAAAAUAUAUUGUGCACAAAAUAUAUUCAAGGGUUCAUAGGUCGCUUUUAACUGGAUAUUAUGAUUUGUAAGCAAGGAAUGUGGAAUAUUUUCCUGUAUGACUUGAAAAACCAGAAUUGUAUACAUGGAUCUCUGGAAGCUAACUUGUUCAUAUCCUGGUGAGUAGAUUCUGGUGUGCCACAAAAGCUGGAUGAAGGCAUUAUUUAGUUUGCUGAAAACAUUUCAGUAGUGGAUUGCAACUUCUUAUUACCUAAUAUACUCCCGUUCCUUUAAUACGUGUCUUGUUUAGGCCUUAGUUCGUAUGAGUAUAUCUUGUGUAACGCUGCGGAUUUAUCUCUCAUUUGAUUUCAAAUCAUUUUGGUGGCAGUGCAAAUAUUUAGAAGCACAGCUCAGCCUUGAAUCUUUCUUUUUGAAGAUUUAAUGUCUUUAAUGUAUCAUUUUAUUUAGAAGGACUCAGAAGUAACAAAGCCAUAUAUCCCAUAAAUAAGAUGAUGACUUGUUUACAAUUUUUAUUUUAUUUAUUUUGCAUUCAGUUAUUCUUCCCCCCGCCCCGUUGCUAAACAUCCACUUCAAAGACAUUUCAUCAUUUAUAUGUUUACUAAAGAGAUUGUGCACAUUGUUCAAUCAGAUAAUGAGCUGACAUAUUUAUUAUUCAUACAUACAUAUCCCUUCACGCUCAUGUAUAUACAUAUUUCAAUUUGGUUUGCAUUUCUAAACUUCUUUCCUUACAGAAUGAUGGCUGCAUAUAGUUGUGGCUCCCAAUGCAAUAAUGUACAGGAGAUAAAAUAUUUAUAAAACAAA